AGGAGUCGCCCCAGCCACUGGCCGCGAUGCACCACUUCGACCCCAGGGUGUCGCCCAAGAUAUCGCCCGGCGCCUCCAGCCGCAUUCUGUACGACAUUCCUUGCAAGGUGUGCCAGGACCACUCGUCGGGAAAACACUACGGGAUCUUCGCGUGUGAUGGGUGCGCCGGUUUCUUCAAGCGGUCGAUCCGGCGCGCGCGGCAGUACGUCUGCAAGGCGAAGGCGGAAGGUUCCUGCGUCGUGGAUAAGACGCACCGCAACCAGUGCCGCGCCUGCCGACUCCACAAGUGUCUCCAGGCCGGCAUGAACAAGGACGCGGUGCAGCACGAGCGCGGGCCGCGCAACUCGACGCUGCGGCGCCAGCUGGCGCUCUACCUCAAGGAGCCGGACAUGGCCGCCGCCGCCGCUGCGGCCGCAGCCGCCGCCACCGCCGCUGCCCUCCAUUCCUCCCACGUCGCGCCCAUGAAGCUGUUGCCGCCGACGUUCCCCCUGCGCUCUGUGGAGGCUGUCUGCGAGUCCGCGGCGCGUCUGCUCUUCAUGAACGUUCAGUGGGCCAAGAGCGUCACCGCCUUCACUGCCCUGCCCAUGAAUGACCAGCUGCUGCUGCUGGAGGAGAGCUGGCGAGACCUGUUCGUGGUGGGCGCGGCGCAGCUGAUGCUGCCUCUGGACGUGUCGCAGCUCGCGGCGCUGCUGGGCUCCAGCAGGUCCCUGGCGCUGCUGCACCAGCUCAGGCUCUUCCAGGAGGCUCUCCUCAGGUUCGCCCACAUGGCCGUCGACGCGCACGAGUACGCCUGCCUCAGGACCAUCGUCCUCUUCAAGACAGCUUAUUUUGACACUCGGCACUGUCCUGACCGCGAGGAGGCCGGCCUGCCCCCUGCGGACCCUGACACACGCGUUCACAAAGCUAGCCGAGUGUCGGCGCAAGUAGGAGCCGAGAGCCAGCCAGCCAGACGUGGGUCCGUCGAGGGCAUUCCGGGGCCCGCUGCCGGCGCUGCUUGUUUGCGAAAAACAGCGUCGGCGAGCCUUGUGCUGCGGGUCGGAUUAGCAGACGCGUCGCUGGUCAAAGCCCCGCCCAAGGCCGCGGCCGACAGAUCUGCCCGAUCGCCGCUCUCGCUAAUGGCCAGCCAGGGCCCUACCCGCCGCCUCGCCGCCAACUCCGGCCUGCUGGAGACCCCGGGCCGGCGGCUGGAGGCUCCAGAGGCGGUGUGCGCGCAGCAGGAGGCGCAGCAGCGCGCGCUGGGCCGCUACACCGCCCUCGCCAGGCCCCAGCAGCCCUUCCGGCUGGGGAAGCUACUGCUGCUGCUGCCCGCCGUCCGCCAGGUGGCGCCCGACACCAUCGAGGAGCUUUUCUUCCGCUCCACCAUCGGCAACAUCCCCAUCCACCGCAUCAUCUGCGACAUGUACCGCACCGGCGCCGACCCCGCCGUCUCACACACUCUGCCCGCAGCCUCUCCGGAGCUCUGA